CAGAGGGUUUAGCACUGACUGACUGAACUGUCACUCCAGGAGUCACUCUGUUAUCCAUCAUAUCUCUAUCUUUAUUUCCAGGACAAGUAGAUGAGAGAAGUGCGCACUCUAUAUUGACAGAUGAGAAUAUCUGGAGCCUUGUGAGACAAGCUGAUUGAUUUGUUUGUGGGUGGAUAUCAGUUUGUUGGCCAAACGGUCCGCUGCAGAAACGAGGAGUUGCCAUGGAAACUAUUUUGCUCUUCCUCUCAUCACUUCUGGUCUGUGUGGCUGCUGUAGCAGACCCCGCUGCACAGGAUGUGAAGGAGAAAGAAGAAAAUCCAUUUGUUUAUGACUAUGAGAGUCUCAGGAUUGGGGGAUUGGCAUUAGCAGUGGUGCUGUUCACACUGGGCAUUCUGCUCAUCCUUAGUCGGCGGUGCCGCUGCAGCAUCAACCAGAAACCCAGGGCCCCUGUAAACGAGGAGGUGCAGGAGGAGAACAUGAUUGUCUCCAAGGCUGCAGCAGACGUCAAAGAGACUCCGGAGGAGAACUGAGGCAACAGCCUGUGGGACCAGACUGCCUUCUGAAACGAUGACCACUUUUAUUUGAUAUUAAGCCACUGUAACAAUGGUGAUAAUUCUAACUGGUGAUAAGAUAUAGGGUAUAAAGAGAGGGAGGUGUAAUAUGUACAUUAAUCUUGUGCCCUGAAACAAACUUUUAGCCUGUUGUGCUCCGUUGUGACUGUGCCAGUCCCUCAGUUCUCUCGUCCGUCCCUGCGCCUUCACGUGACAUGUCUUAGCCAGUAGCACCUUACACUCAAGAUUGUCUUUUAAACCCUAGAAGUGUUUUAAAUGUUGUGUGGUCCGCUGUUGUUUGUUUUGUAAUUCCACCGCCUUUAGGUUUUAGGAUUUGGCUGGUUAUUAACUUUUUGUCAGUUUGUCAGGGAUAAUGUUUGUCAGUUUAG